AUGGGGUCGAUUGCGAAGAAGGGGUUGCAGCAGUACUUGCUUCAGCUUCAGCAUCAUCCUCUCAGAACUAAGGCAAUUACAGCUGGGGUUUUGUCAGCGAUCAGUGACAUAGUGUCUCAGAAGCUCACCGGCAUCCAGAAACUUCAGUUAAGACGGCUGCUUCUCAAAGUGCUUUUUGGAGCUGUUUAUCUUGGACCAUUUGGGCAUUUCCUGCAUUUAAUACUUGAUAAGAUUUUCAAGGGGAAGAAAGAUUCAAAAACAGUAGCCAAGAAGGUGCUGGUGGAACAGUUGACAUCUUCUCCUUGGAAUAACUUGCUUUUCAUGCUUUACUAUGGCUUGGUUGUGGAGGGAAGACCCUGGAUGCAUGUAAAGAAUAAAAUUAAGAAGGACUACCCGUCGGUGCAAUACACAUCUUGGACGUUCUGGCCUGUUCUGGGUUGGAUAAAUCACCAGUAUGUCCCUCUCCAUCUCCGUGUCGUCUUCCACAGCUUGGUCGCUUUUGGCUGGGGAAUUUUCCUAAACUUACAAGCAAGAUCUGUGGCAUUACCAAAGGCAAAGUGA